CGCGGGGCGCGUACUUCGACAAGACCGGUACUUGAGCGGCUUGGGUUCUGUUUUGUAUUUUGUAUUAUCACGGUUAUAAUGGAGAGUUUGAACAUAAAUUUCAUCCCACCAAGGUUAUAUAUUGCAUGCACUGAAUCAAUCUUCGAUUAUUCACAAAAACAGUCUACUUGUUUAUGGAAACUACGCAAGGCGUGGAGUUAUCAAGAUGAAAACAUCCUAUUGUGUCAUAUGAUUUAUAUUCGGUUUAAAAAUCAACUACGACACUUUUUAUUCUUCAAAUCAUUUUCUUCAGUUCGACGAACUCUAGCCCAAAUUUGUGAUGGUCCUCUAUUCAAUAGUGGGAUAGCAAAUUAUGUUAACAUGACGAAGCAUUGUAAACACGGACAUUGUGUUAGUAAGCACACUAUAGAUCAUGUAUUAGUGUGUUUAUUUCAAUUGUAUAAAAAAAUUGAAAUACUCAUCACUCGACUAAAUUGCUGUUGGAGGUCAUGUAAUGCACAGUUUACUACUGGACAUUUUACAAAAGUACUUUUGUUAAUUAUGUCAGUGAUAUCAAGUUUAAGAUUACAAGCUAUCAGCUCUCUUGAUGAAGUUAAUUGUUGCUAUGAGAAUAUUCUAGCUGUUAGAAAGUCAUUGAGUGAUAUGAGAACUUGGAUACCUUCUAAUAUUACUUUACCAGUUACCCUAAAUCAACAGACGAAAGUAACUCCGGCGAAUGAGGAAAAUCAUGCCAUAAACAAGAAAUCUGAUGAACAAGUACAAGGUGAAAAUACACUCUUGGACGGCAACAGACGGUCUGUAACAGAAGUCUUCGCUAACUCCGAUGCUUAUUGUGAUAGUCAUACAAGAGACAAAUUCAGCGUGAAAAAAGACAAGAUAGUAACAAAGUUUAGCUGUGAUACACAACGUUCUUUAGCUUCAAUACUUCCUCGUCGUCCUCAAGGCAAACAAGUCGAUCUCUUGUCAGCACUGCUUAAUUUUAGAUAGAAGUUUUUUUUACAGUUAUAAGAGUUUCUCCACGAAUAAUACUUGUAGAUGCAUAAGCUGUUUUGUAUUUUCUUUAUUUUUUUUGUAAAUUGUGAAGUGCUAAAUCAAUGAAAACACUUUUUUGUGUGUGCAGAGGCCACAUGUAAAUAAACAGUUUUUAUUGG